AUGGAUUUACUCACCUCGAAUAGAACUCUUUCGCUGCCUCACAUGGCAAAGGUGCCGUUGAUGGAAUCGGUGGAAGUGUCUAAAGAUUGGUGUGGAUUUCUGUCAAGUCCCGAAGAGCCAUCAUAUACAGUGCAAGAGAAUUUCUUCUCGAUCGGAUUCUACGAUUUGGCACGCAGUCUCUCCAAAAACAUCUUCUCUUUAUUCGUAACAAAAGAAGAAGUUAGUUUCGCGCCUUUUCCGGAAAUAAAUUCCGGCGCGGGUUUCUGGUUUUGGAAAUAUACACGUGAACAGGCGUCAUCCAAUCAGCUGAGUUGCUUUUGUGAGAUAUGUAAAUGGAUACCUAUUGGGAAAACUAUGAAGAAAAUGUCCCAGACAGCUAGUAUAGUAAAUUUCCUUAUUCAUGACGCCAAUGGACAGCCGCAAAUGGUGAAAGUUGUUCAAAAUACAAACAAUCAAUCUACUGCCCAAAUAAAGGUCAAGCCAAAUCCUGUAAAUGUAUAUAAGCUUCCCGCGAAUGCAGAAGGACAAAUAAACCCACAGGCACCAGUCCUUCGCCCAAUUAAAGUAACUGGUAUUAAAUGUGCAUCAAAAUUGGUGCAAGUACCUGUUGAAGCAUUAGCUCAAUUGCAGAAAGUAGAACCCAAAGUAGAACAAGAAGUUAAGCCACAGGAACCUGUUCAGGAACAAAUAUCAGAUUACCAUAUUAUACAGUCGGUGCCAAAGCUUGUGCCUAUUCUGCCCAAACCUGAAACUCCUUUAAAAAAACUCAAAAAUUCUAGUGAGUUAUCUCCGACAAUGUCACAUGCAUCUAGAAGGAGACAUGAUUCUGAUAAUGAUCCACCUGCAGAAUACACAACAAAAAGGCGUAAGCACGCCGAUAAAGUGGGCAAAGGAUUGCGACACUUCUCCAUGAAAGUUUGUGAAAAAGUCAGAAAUAAGGGUUUCACUUCAUACAACGAAGUUGCUGACGAGUUAGUUCUAGAGUUUGCUGCUGGAAUGCAUGGCUCUGCAGAUAGUCAACAAUAUGACCAGAAAAAUAUUCGGCGAAGGGUAUAUGACGCUCUAAACGUUUUGAUGGCAAUGAAUAUUAUAUCGAAAGAAAAGAAAGAAAUUAGAUGGCUAGGCCUUCCAACAAACUCAAUACAGGAGUGCACAGCACUAGAGAAAGAAAAACAAACCAAAUUAGAACAAAUACAGAAGAAAACUCAACAAUUACAAGAGCUUAUUCUGCAGCAUAUAUCAUUCAAAAGUUUAAUAGAAAGAAAUAAAGAAACAGAAAAAAAGGGUGUGAAACCAUCACCAUCAUCAGCCAUUCACUUACCAUUCAUAGUUGUAAAUACAAGUGAUAAAGCAUUGAUAGACUGUAGUAUAUCUAAUGACAAGACAGAAUAUAUGUUUAACUUUAACAAGAGGUUCCAGAUACAUGAUGACAUAGAUAUAUUAAAAAGGAUGGGUCUUCUGUUUGGGUUAGACAAGGGAGAGUGUACAGAAGACGAUCUAAAUAAAGUUAAAAAUAUGGUACCAAAAUCAUUGGAAGUAUAUGUGGAACAAAUGGGAAGAGGUGAUAGCACUCUUAGUAACUUAUUAGAAGAGAAAGAAAUUGAAGAAGCUGAAAACGAAGAUGAAACUUUAGAUGAAACAGAUGUAAAAGACGAGCAGGAAGAAGAUGAGCGUAACGAAUACAGCGAAGACAGUAGCGAUGUGGACGUCUAG